UAGGGGGCAGGCAGCAGCAGAAAGCAGCUACCACUGCCUCUUAAAACCUAGGUACUCCUCAUUACAGACACAGACUGAUAGACAGAGAGCAGGAGAGGGCUGGAGACAGUACUAAGAGAGGAAGAGGGAAAGAGAGAGAGAAAUCGUGAACAGGGAAAGUUAGAAAAUAAGCAGUCCUACUUGUGUGCUCACCCUUCCUUGACUGCUGCCUCUUCACUGCACUACCUGAGGCACACAUACACAUACACACAGGGAGGUGUUUCAGGGAGGCUUAGAGGGCUAACUCUCCAGGGAAGAAGGGAAUUAAACACUUUUGUUUUCAAUCCGCUGCGUCCAUACUCAGGAGAAAAAAAGGGAUUACAGCUUGUGUGCCUGUCCCACUUAUUCCUCUCUUCUCUGUGCAUUUUGUUGUCACUGAGUUACUUUGGAGACUUUGGAUACAACCUUCUUGAAUUGUUGGUCAGAGCUCAGAGAGGCAUGGCACACGGACAAAAGAGCCACAGGUGGGCAUUAACCCAGGGCUCCUUCAGCUUGGCACUGGGCCUGUCACUCUUCUCCCUCCUCCUCCUCACCGUCUUGGCUGCAGAUGAUUACGACUACUACAGCUGGCAGUCGGACAACUUCCACAAUGGUCGCUUCUACACCAAGCAGCCCCAGUGUGUGGACAUACCAGCUGACCUGCGCCUGUGCCAUAAUGUGGGCUACAAGAAGAUGAGGCUGCCCAACCUCCUGGAUCACGAGACCAUGCCAGAAGUCAAGCAGCAGGCGGGCAGCUGGGUGCCCCUCCUGGCCAAACGGUGCCAUGCUGAUACCCAGGUCUUCCUGUGCUCGCUGUUUGCACCGGUGUGCCUGGACAGACCUAUCUAUCCCUGCCGCUCGCUGUGUGAGGCUGUGAGGGACAGUUGUGCUCCGGUGAUGGAGACCUACGGCUUUCCCUGGCCAGAGAUGCUGACCUGCGAUAAGUUCCCCAUUGAUAACGACCUCUGCAUCCCCAUGCAGUUCACUGGGAACCAUGCAACCCAGCCACCAGUGUCGAAGGUGUGCCCUCCGUGUGACAAUGAGCUGAAAGCAGACAACAUCAUGGAGCAUUACUGUGCUAGUGACUUUGCCCUCAAGAUGAAAAUUAAGGAGGUGAAGAAGGAAAAGGGUGACCGAAAGCUGAUUGCAGCACAAAAGAAAAAGAAAGUGCUGAAGCAGGGUGUGCUGAGGAAGAAGGACCUGAAGAAACUGACCCUGUACAUCAAGAAUGGUGCCAACUGCCCAUGCUCCCAGUUGGACAGCCUAGGCUCCAACUUCCUCAUCAUGGGCCGCAAAGUGGACCAGCAACUGCUGCUCAUGUCCAUUCACAAGUGGGACAAGAAGAGCAAGGAGCUCAAGUUUGCCAUCAAGUACAUGAAGUCCCAUCAGUGUCCCACCUACCACACCGUCUUCCAGUGACGUAGCUCGCUGUGCUGCUCGCAGAGUCCACAGACGUUCCCCACACUCCUGUUCCACGUAGAUCUUAAUUCUCGUUCCACUAAUGUGUCCCUGAACCCCAGAUCCCUGCAAAAUCUUUUACCAGCCCACAAAAUAGUCCUACAAGGGGUUGCAGGGUGGUCAAGCCUUUAUUUUCACAGCUUUAGCAUGAAUCAGGUAGUCAAGGGGGUCGUUCUGAUCUACUUAGAUGAAUCAGACAUAUUAAUGUUGGCGAGGUGAAAAGCUGCCAAAAAGAAACCACAGAUUUAUAACAAUGACAAAGAAAAACUGACAUCUACCCCCUACAGUUUAAUAGAAUCCUCCUUAACAAUUCUCCUUUCCUUUUCUGAUAUAGUAGAACCAAUCAUUUGUAUGAUAUCUUACAGCAACUUUAUCAAUAAGAUAGCAUUAUUAGUAGUAUUAAGAAAUGGGGACCUAAAGAUUUGAGGCAACUAUUGGAGGGAAAACAUGUUUGAUAAUGUGAUGAUUAUAGAUGGACAGAAUGGGAUGGGAGCUGAGUGGGAAGGCAGGGUUUGCUUCUGUGCUGACAGAAAUGAUACGCUACAGUACAUGUGGGCUGUGCAAUGGGCCAGCGUGCACCCUGGCACAGAGCUCCCGGGAACAACAUCAAAGCAGAGAAAUGUAGAUGAUCCACUUAACUGUAUGUUUUAAUAAUGUAAAAAGUAGGUAAUUCAGAUGAAUACUAGAUUAUUAGAAAACUGGGCUUUUUUCUUUUAUCCCUGCUGGGAAAGAAGACCGAUGGAAUGAGACAGACUGACGGACUGGAUGAUGCUUCCACUGACUUUGUACAGCACCGUUUUGCGGCCUGUAAGAGGGAAACUUGAAUUUUUUUUUUUCUUUUUGAAUUGGAGAGAGAAGGAGAAUAAACAAGUGGUGCAUAAAAGAGAAAGAAAGAGGGAGAAAGAGACUCUGGACAGAACCAACAAUGUUGGGUUGAUAAGUCUCUGGUACUCGCUAUUUUUCACUAUCACUCUUCAAAUAUUUCCUCUUUUUUUGUACUUACAUUUUUAAAUUUGCUUCAGUUAAAUUUCUAUGGUAUGAAAGCAGAAAUCAUACAUACAGACAUAGCACCUGAAUUCACUGUUGCAGUAGCAAUAAGAGAUGAAAAAUUAACUCUGACAAUAUUUUUUAAUCAGUUAACCUGUAAGUAGUUCUGUUGCUGAAAUACAUCUUUGUUUUACAAAAAAGUAAAUGAAUAAAAUAUAUUUGAAAUUUUUAUAAAGAA